GUAAAGAUCCAGGGCUUUGCUCCUGAGCUGGCCGCUGCCUGCCCCUGGAUUUUCCUCACUACCGGAGUUUCUGAGCGAAGAAGCUUUACAUGAAAUAGGUUCAAUGUUUAAGGAAAUAGGGAGACUCUGGAAUUUGUGCCCAUACCUGAGCGCAGGGCACUUUAGGCCAACGGAUGGGGUACUUAGCUAGGAGGCUGCCAGCCACUGAACCUGAGGCCUGCAGAAUCUUGCCCUGGUUGGAAGGACCCAGUCAGGGAGAGGUGUGUGUGUGGGGCGGGGGGGUCCUGCCCUUGAAUGGCAACAGGUCCCAGGUGGUGGAAAUGAAGCGGGACAGGGAAACAUAGCAGGUGCAGGAUGCGUGGGGCGGUUCCUAGGCUUUGUCUUCAGUGUUUGCCAAACGAGGGUGGGGGUAAGGGUGCCAAGUCCAAGGCCCCAAAGUCCCUGCACAGAACAGCUGCCUCCCACAGCUCUGUCCACCCUCUGACCAACUGCCCAGUCCCCAAGUGACUGGGAUAAAGGUCAUAGCUUAGGCUUCGCUGUCCCAGUGAGCCCGUUGGUGCAGCCCCUACAAUGGCCCUGUGGCUGCUGCUCCAUCUCACCUUCCUGGGGCUCAGCAGCCAUUGGCUCUUGGUUCAGGGGCACAGCCCCUGUGUGCCCACAACCGGUGGGUGGAGGGGCGAGGUCAGAUCUUCGGGAUUUGGGUUCCUAGGGUACCUGGGUGACUGCUACCUCCAUCCCCCAGCCUGGCCAGCCCUCUUCAGCCUCGACUCACUGGAGAAGGCGCAGGAAUCCCUCCAGAUCCCGAGCAACGGGAGCGCACCGCUGCUGGUGGCCGUGGAGGUGUUCAUGUCCAACGUGUUUAAUGUGGACAUCCUGCGGUACACAGUGUCCUCCAUGCUGCUGCUUCGGCUGUCCUGGCUGGAUACCCGACUGGCCUGGAACAAGAGUGCACACCCGUGGCACAUGGUCACGCUGCCCUGGGACUCACUCUGGACCCCAGGACUCAUCAUUCAGGAGUCGCUCUGGGUGGACUGGCGGGAUCAGAGCCCACGGGCUCGAGUGGACCCAGACGGCAACGUGGAGCUCUACUUAGCCCUAACCACAGAGACCAACUGCGACUUCGAGCUACUCCGAUUCCCCUGGGAUCAGAGCGACUGUACCCUCAGCUUCUUCGCACUGAGCAACUCUGUGACAGAGCUGGAGUUCCAGGCCCACGCGGUCAACGAGAUUGUGAGCGUCAAGAGGGAGUACGUGGUUCAGGAUUUGAAAGCCCAAGUCUCACCCUGGCAGCCGGUGCCUAACUUCCAGGUGACGCUGCGCCUACAGAACACAGCGCUAAAGACCAUCAUUGCUCUGUUGGUCCCUGGGGAGGCGCUGCUGUUGGCCGACCUGUGUGGGGGGCUGCUGCCCCUCCAGGCCACCGAGCGCCUGGGCUACAAGGUGACCCUGCUGCUAAGCUACCUGGUCUUCCACUCGUCCCUGGUGCAGGCACUGCCCAGCUCCUCCUCGUGCAACCCACUGCUCAUUUACUACUUCACCGUCCUGCUGUUGCUGCUCUUCCUUAGCACCAUAGAGACCGCACUGCUGGCCGCGUUGCUGGCCCGGGACAGGCAGGGGACUGAGGCCAGCCCCAGCCCCACCUCAAGAGGGGAGCAGCAAGUUGGCGGGAAUCCAGGUGGGCACCCUGCAUCUCCCCCCACAGGAUCCCCCAGAGGAGGAAAGGGGCCGGGAAGGAGCUGGGCUGAAGCCGUUGACCGCAUCUUUUUCCGGGUGUAUGCGGCUGGGGUUGUGUGUAGCCAAGUCAUCUUUGUUGGCAUCUGGAUGUGGGCAGUGUGCAAGUCAGACCCAGCCCCUGGCAUGGCUGUGCCCCAUGGCGGGCAGCCCAGGCCGGAUUGGAGCAACACAGGAGGGCCCUUAAGUGCCAGGCUGCCAACCUGAAGAUGGGGUUGGCUUCCCUGGGGUGGGGGAGGGCCUGACAGGGUCUCUGGAGAGAAGAGGAGGAGUCGGCUCUCUUUCCAAACCCAUGCCCCAGGUCUCCUUUCUGUCAGCAUGCCAGCAGAGAGGAAAAUAAACCUACUUCCCAAGUGCAAGUGCACCCCAGGGUCUAGUUUUUACCGAACUCAGCUCUUCACUCUCGUCCUAAGCAGGAGGGGCCCC